AUGGAGGUCUCUACCCCCCUCAAGAUGUACGGCCUGUACCUGGAAGCGGUGAACGAUUACAUCAACGAAUCCUACGGCGAGGACGUGUGGAGGCUGAUCGAGAACCGGGCCGAGAUCCCCCACCUCAAGUUCGUCCGGCAUCAGAUGUACAACGACAACCUGAUCCUGCGGCUGGCGAAGGCGGCGGGGGAGGUGCUGGGAAAGACCCACGACGAGCUGAUGUACGCCUUCGGGGUCUACAUGGUGAAGAAGAUCGCAAACUACGGAUACGAGCAGAUCCUGAAGGUUUUGGGGCGAAACUUGCGCGACUUCAUCAACGAGCUGGACAAUCUGCACGAGUACUUCCGCUUCUCCUUCCCCAAAGUGCAGCCGCCGAGCUUCUGCGUGGAGGAGGAGUGCGAGACGAGCCUCACGCUGCACUACCGCAGCACCCGCAAGGGCUUCGCCCAGUUCGUCAAAGGCCAGCUCUCUCAGGUGGGACGGCAGUUCUACAACACGGAGAUCGACAUGGAGAUUCUGUCCAAAGAGGAGACGGAGAAAAUGACGUAUGUGGUUUACAAGAUGAACUUCGACAACGCCGCCUUCAAGCACCGCAUGCCCUUGCAGAAGACGGCGCCGGCCUACGAGAAGCUGCCGAUGAAGCGCGGCAUCUUCUUCGACAUGUUCCCGUUCAGCGUCAUCUUCCACCGCGACAUGAUCAUGUACCGCAUCGGGGACGGCCUCAAGGAGGUGUUCUCCGACCUCCAGGGCAAGAAGGUGAACGAGGAGUUCACCCUCAUCAGGCCCAUGCUGGAGUUCAACUGGGAAAAUAUCUACACCCACAUGAACAACGUGUUCGAGCUGCUGUCCAAGGCCGUGGUGGAGAGCAAGCAGAAGGUCAACAUCACGGCGGCGUCGCAGGAGGAGAACGAGAAGGCCAAGGGGGAAGAAGAAAGAGAGGAGAAGGAGAUGAAGGCGACGGACCAGGAGUACACCAGCAGCGCUCUCACCCAGUACAACAGCUCGGCCAACACCGGAGGAGAGGACAUCGAGCUGCUGGCCUUCCAGACCAUCACGGGAAAGUGCAGCAAGACCAUCUUUGAGGACAUACGAGAGCCCCCGAAGAAGCCCCUGCACCUGAAGGGCCAGAUGAAGUACGUCCCCCAGUGGGACUCCCUCAUCUUCCUCGGGACGCCCAUCAUAGAGACCGUGGAUGACAUGAUCAAGAUGGGCGUGUACGUCAACGACCUGAACCUGCACGACUCCAGCAGAGAGCUGAUUCUGGCCGGGACUCAGCAGUCGGCUGAGCUGCAGCUGGCCCUCGACCAGGAGCAACAGAAAUAUACUCAGCUGAUAGAAAUCAUCAAGAAGCUGGACGAGGAGAAGAAGAGGGGAGACGCUUUGCUCUACGCCAUGAUCCCGAAGGCCGUGGCCGACCGCCUCCGGAAGGGCGUCACCGCCCUGGAGACGUGCCAGGUCUUCCCGGAUGUGACCAUCCUGUUCAGCGACGUGGUCAAGUUCAACGAGAUCUGCAUGCACAUCACACCCAUGCAGGUGGUGGACAUGCUCAACGAGAUCUACAUCGUCUUCGACACGCUCAGCGAGAAGCACAACGUCUACAAGGUGGAGACGAUCCGCGACGCCUACAUGGUGGUGGCCGGCGUGCCCAACAAGACCACCUUCCACGCGCACCACAUCUGCGACAUGGCCCUGGACAUGCUGAGCUCCAUCGACCACCUCAAAGACCCCUCCACCGGGGACAACAUCCAGAUCAGAGUCGGUAUCCACUCAGGUAUGGUGGUAGCCGGCGUGGUGGGUCUGAAGAUGCCUCGCUACUGUAUGUUUGGCGACACCGGCAUGCAGAUACACAUCAGUCAGACCACCAAGGACCACCUGGAGCACGAGCCCUACAACAUCGACGAGAGGGGCAAGAUCUUCGUGAAGGGUAAAGGCUACAUGAAGACCUACUGGCUGAAGGGGAAGCGGGACCUGUCCUUCAAGACCCCGGCGGAGAUUCGCUACAGCAGCGAACAGAAAGUAUCAGACGACAAGAGCUCCAACAGCUCCAUCAGCACCAACGCCAAGUGCAUGGGCUCCAACCUCAACAUCGGCAGCAGCGAGCCGAGGGCAAGCCGAGCCCCAGCGAUGGACGCCCCGCCGCCGCCGCCAGAGAUCUCCGUCGAGCCGCCCGCCGUUUCCGACAAGCCCCCGGAGAAGGAGGCGGCCAGAAAGCGUAAGAACAACAAGGGGGCCAAGCUGGAGGUGGCCGAGGGGGACGCGGAGCCGGAGUCCUCGUCGCCCGCCGACCCGGCGGUCGCCCAGUGGCUCGCCAACAAGAGGACCAGCUUCCGGCAGCAGUACGCCAAGCUGCCCGCCCACCUGCCCAUGCGCAGCGUCUCCUGCUGCAUUCUGUGA